UCUUCAGUCUGUGUGAGGCUGUCUCUGAAGGAAGACCCCUGUGCUGGCAAUUACAACAGUUCCUGUUGUAACACCACAAGUCACGUAUGUGUUAAAACAUGUCCACCUUGCCUCUGCCACCACCCAUGUACAGCAGCAGGGCAGAGAUGUUCCUCUCUGGAAAUGAGACUCGCUGGAAAUCUUCCUUCUUGGCUUCAUGCAGCCUGGAGACCACAGUCCUUUUUCAUGGCCUCCUAAUCACAAAACAAAACUGCUAAAGACAUGCUUUUUUUAUUUUUUAAUUUUGGUUUUUCGAGACAGGGUUUCUCUGUGUAGCCCUGACUAUCCUGGAACUCACUCUGUAGACCAGGCUGGCCUCGAACUCAGAAAUCCACCUACCUCUGCCUCCCAAGUGCUGGGAUUAAAAGUGUGCGCCACCACCACCCGGUAAGACAUGCUUUUAUUAAAUUUAUUUGUUUACAUAUUUAUUAAUGGAUGUGUGUGUGUGUGUGUGUGUGUGUGUGUCUAUAUCAGUAUACAAUACAAGAAGACGCUUGAGAACAGCUUGCAGGAACCAGGUCUCCCUUGCCCUGGUUCUCAGAGGUUGAUUGAACUCAGGUCAACCUCUGAUGACCAGCACCUUUACAAGCCAUCUUGCUAGCCCUGCAGCACACUUUUUAGUUUUCACGAUGAAUCUGGACUCUGAAUGCUUGAAUUAUUAUUGUUGUUCUCUCUCAGAACUUUGGUCUUACCUACCUUGAAAAUUACUAUAGCAAGACUUAGUAAACUGUGGCAUGUCUCCAGGAAAAGAAUUCUGAGAGUUAGUCCUCAGAGCAGGACUUCAUGACAAACAUGUGCCGGGCCUCAGACCAGAAGUUCAAGAUACAUAACUACAUAGCAUAGAUACAUAACUACAUAGCAGGUUUGAAGCCAGCGCUUGGCUACGUGGGACCCUGUCUAUAAAUAAAUGCACUGUAGGUAGCUCAUGGAAUUGAUAAUCCAAAACUAAGGCUAAGGCUGUCAGAGUUUGGAUGAAAUUGGAGGCUGCAUAAGUAAACUCUGAGGGUUACUGGUCUGAGCUGCGGCUCUCAGCCCUGACUUCACAAGGUGCCACCGUUUUUGUCCCCACACCAGCUUUAAAGCUUUUUGGUGGCCUUGACCUCCUAACCUGGAACUUUCACCUGAGCUGUGGCUGACACUGUCACUGUUUCUGAAUAAAAGAGUCAUGCUUUGACACAGUUAGAGGACACAGAGGCUGACGUUUUCUUAUGAUGUAAGAGCCUUUAGUUGCCAUGGCCUGCGAUGCACUGCAUUGCUGACACGUGGCCUCACCGUCACCGUCUCCAUGAUGGACUCAGCACAGAGGCAUCCCCCCAAGGUAGCUGUUUAUCUCUGCAGAAAGGAACAGUUGGUAGUUGGAGUCAGCGCAGACAGGAAAGCAUGAGACAGGGACUUAAAGAACUCACAGUACGUAAAGGCAGGUAGGGAGCAGGGUCUUGGCUGACAUAAGAUGAGAAAAGGGUGAUGCUGAACCGGGAGAACACCACAGCUGGUGAGCUGAGCUUUCCCGUGGGAUGGACACGUGUGCUCCGGACAGAGGAUGCUUUACAAAGGUGGGCCAGGUUCUCUAAGAACACGCUCUGUGCAGAGGCGGGAAAGCAUGGAAAGCGCUGCUUGGAUGAAUAACAAAAUGAACCCAACCUCCUACAUAAGCCAGCCUAAGACUCACAACCAUCGUAGCCACACUCUGAUCCAUGUGCAGAGAGGCUGACAUCUGCCCUCUGACUCAGUGGCCACCACUGCACUCAUGGGGCCUCUGUAAGAUAACAUCUCUAUGGGGACCUAGACACCAGGAACAUUGACAGAAAUCCUCCCUCCUUUCAUUCCUACUGACUCAGAUAUCUUGUUUCGGCAACACACUUAACUUCUCAACCAGAAUGCCUCUGGUAGCUGAAAACCUGCUGAUCAAGCUUUAAAAAAAGGCAUGUGGGCAUGUACUCCUGUGUGUGGAACUGCAGGUGUGCAUGCACCUGUGUAUCAGGUGGGCAUGUCCUCCUGUGUGUGGAACUGCAGGUGUGCAUGCACCUGUGUAUCAGGUGGGCAUGUCCUCCUAUGUGUGGAACUGCAGGUGAGCAUGCACCUGUGUAUCAGGUGGGCAUGUACUCCUGUGUGUGGGACUGCAGGUGUGCAUGCACCUGUGUAUCAGGUGGCAUGUACUACUGUGUGUGGAACUGCAGGUGUGCAUGCACCUGUGUAUCAGGUGGGCAUGUCCUCCUGUGUGUGGAACUGCAGGUGUGCAUGCACCUGUGUAUCAGGUGGGCAUGUACUCCUGUGUGUGGAACUGCAGGUGUGCAUGCACCUGUGUAUCAGGUGGGCAUGUACUCCUGUGUGUGGAACUGCAGGUGUGCGUGCACCUGUGUAUCAGGUGGGCAUGCACUCCUGUGUGUGGAACUGCAGGUGUGCAUGCACCUGUGUAUCAGGUGGACAUGUACUCCUGUGUGUGGAACUGCAGGUGUGCGUGCACCUGUGUAUCAGGUGGGCAUGUACUCCUGUGUGUGGAACUGCAGGUGUGCAUGCACCUGUAUAUCAGGUGGGCAUGCACUCCUGUGUGUGGAACUGCAGGUGUGCAUGCACCUGUGUAUCAGGUGGGCAUGUACUCCUGUGUGUGGAACUGCAGGUGUGCAUGCACCUGUGUAUCAGGUGGGCAUGUACUCCUGUGUGUGGAACUGCAGGUGUGCAUGCACCUGUGCAUCAGGUGGGCAUGCACUCCUGUGUGUGGAACUGCAGGUGAGCAUGCGCCUGUAUAUCAGGUGGGCAUGUACUCCUGUGUGUGGAACUGCAGGUGAGCAUGCGCCUGUAUAUCAGGUGGGCAUGUCCUCCUGUGUGUGGAACUGCAGGUGUGCAUGGACCUGUAUAUCAGUCUUCUUGGACACUAGCUAUACUGUGUAUGUGUGUACACGUGUACUUGUCUUUAUGCAGGAGUGCAUGCACUUCUAUAUUAGGAGUCUACUUGUACACUGGCUAUACAUACAUAUACAUUUACCUUACGUACAUGUACACAGAUAUUAAGUAAAGUGACAAAGGGAGGUCACAGCUUUGGUGUCACCUUUGUAGGUGCUCUAGUUUCAUAGCACACAUCUGUGAGAGAGACAAGGAGCCAUCCCAGCGUGGAGCACUUUUUAGCAAGCUCUCUACACUGCCCUCAGCUCUGCUCACUGUGACACCGCAGGGCCUUUACCUCUGACCUGGAGUGGAGCCUGACAGAAGAUGCCGGUCACAGCGGCAAAUCACACACUCUGGAUUCUGUGGGUGUUUUAUGUGAGAAUUCACAUCCACAAAAUCCAGAGAAUCAAAUUAGGGGUCUCCAUAAAACCAUGCUCCAUUCCUAGAGCAAAUGCACUAUUUUAUACUGGUUAAGAUACUCAGAUGUAAAAUGUUUGUGUUUACUUUGGUCACACUGUGAAUGUGAACGCAGUGGGAUAACUGUUCUUGCUGUUUCUUACUGGUUACAUUACAGUGAUAUAGGGUUGAAAUCUGUCCCUUCAACUUUCAGAAAAGGCACACAUAUCGUAUCUUAAAAAAACAACAAACCAUGGGUAGCUCAGCAGAGCAGUCAUUGCCUGGCAUGCUUCCAGCCCAUCACUCAGUUUUUCUCAAAAAGAUAUGAAAUUAAAUGAAUAAAUAAAUAAAGACUUAAAAUCAGAUAGACACAUGUUCAUAUAUGUAGAUACCUAUUCGUAUGGACAGUGCAUGAUUUGCUGUUGUCGAUGGUUUAAAUUCACCAUGUUGAUUUCCCCUAAAUACAUAUGACUUAUGAUUAUAAAACAUGAGUUUAAGGUCCACUCAAGGGUGAUAGAAAAGAUUUUUCACUGUCCUUUACGAAAUCCAAAUUACAUACUUGAUGAGCUGGGUGUGGUAUUUCACACCUGUAACCCCAGCACCUGAUAGGUAAGGCAUGAGAAUCAGGCAUUCAGGGUUGUCCUCAGCUACACAGCAAGCUUUAGGUCAACCUGAGCUGCAACCCAUGGGAUCUUGACUCAAAAGAAAACAAAAAAUCCAUCUUUUUACCAAUGAAAAACAUGGGAAUUCUGGCAUCCUCAAUUUCACACUUACACAAGCAUUGGUUAAGGAAAAUAGUAAGAGGCACUGAAGGAGUUCUCAGCCGUCCCGCCUUUGCCCUCCUCCUGCCAACUAAUGAUGGCCUAGUACUCUCUCCAGAUCUCACUGCGGAGCAGACUGUGAGCUUGGCAUCCACACAGGGAACCUGCAGAGAAGCCCCUGCCCAGUAUCCAGUCUUCAUCUCUGGGCCAGCAGUUCUAAUUCUUCCCAUCAGUCUAUUGAACUGCACUGUAGACCUUGUUCAUUUGCAAAGUAUUAAGUAAGCUACAUUGGGAAAUUGAGUCUGCAUAUGUCACGCUCACAUGCCAAACUGAUCCUGACGAUAACUGUACAAAACAUAGCAUCUAGCAUACUCCACACAGACAUCUCCACACAGACAUUCUGGGCUUCGUUGGGAUGGUACAUUUCUGCUCCACUGGGCAUCAGCUGGUACCCUCAAGGAGGCUGCAGCCACAGAUGCCUCCCCGGCCAGGGCUGUUGGCCCACCUUCCUCACAGGCGCUGACUGGGCUGGCCACCUUCCUGAGUCUAAGACAUCUCUAUGUCCCUUCCACUGCACUCCGUCCCAUACCUAAAUUUGAGAGCAUAAUCACUAUGUCAAGCCCAGACCAGAUCAAACUAUGGUCACGGGUAGAACGCCCCUAGAACCCAAAGCUGUGCCGGCUACAUUCUCUGCCCUCUCCAGCUCUCCAUCUCCUUGGCCAUAGAUGACCUGAGUUCCUUGUCAGCUGCCUUGUCCCGAGGACAGGCUAUGGUGCCCAUCGCACUCCUCUACACUGGCCUCCGCAGUCUCAAGUUUGCACUUUUAUUUUUAGCCCCACACUCACUGAAAAUACUCUACAGUUAGAUCAUAAAAGCCCAGCCAGGGCACAGCCACUCCAGGGACAGACCCUGCCGCCCAGUACCCGUGUCUCUCUCUGUAGAGGAAAUUCUCCCAAGAUUAAUUAUGUGGAUAAAACCUCCAGUCACAUUACCACAGCACAAAAAGAAAUGUUUACCCCGAGUUAACUCGAGAAGAAAUGGAGUCCAACUGAAGAGGGAAGUUUGGGGGCAAGCACCAGGAAAUCCUUUGGCCAAAAGUGUUGCUAGAUUGGGGAAGUGUCCCCAAAGGAAGUGGGAAACAUACGCAAACCAAAGCCCAGCCCCCAUGGGCACUUCCUCUGCAUAUUGUCUUCCAAAUCCUGUCCUAGGCCAGUUUAUCCUGGCAGCCACUAAAAACAGCAAGACUCAAUUGUCAUAAUAAAGUAGUUCAUUUUGCUAUGAUAAACGGUAUUUUUAUAAUCCACACCUCCUCCCACCUCCCCAAAAACCUUUUACAUUGUAAGGAAGGUUACAGCUUGUGAAAGGAAGGACCUUUGUCCUGGCCGUGGUAUUGUUGGGAACAGAAUGUUCAGGAAUCCAGGACUGUUUGCUUUAGCCAGAAUGCUUCUAUCACUGCAGA